AUGCCAGCUCCAACUCUUAAGGAACAGUUCAAUACUGAUAUCAUUACACUGUCGAGAUUUCUACUGGAAUCUCAAAAACUACAAUCUAAUUCUACUGGCGAAUUCACGCUUUUGUUGAAUUCUUUACAAUUUGCAUUUAAAUUCAUUUCACAAACGAUUAGAAAGGCAGAAUUAGUUCAUUUCUCUGGUUUGGCGGGUACUUCUAAUACGACUGGUGACGAACAAAAAAAGUUGGAUGUUUUAGGUGACGAAAUCUUCAUAAAUGCCAUGAAAAGCAGUGGUAAUGUUAAAGUACUUGUGUCUGAGGAACAAGAAGAUCUUAUUGUCUUUCCCACUAGUAAUGGUACUUACGCGGUAUGUUGUGAUCCAAUUGAUGGCUCUUCCAAUUUGGAUGCCGGUGUUUCCGUUGGUACCAUCGUAUCUCUUUUCAAGCUGCUCCCAGGUUCUACAGGUACAAUUCAAGAUGUAUUGAGACCAGGUACUGAAAUGGUUGGUGCCUGUUAUGCAAUGUACGGUGCUUCUACACAUUUACUAUUAACUACUGGUAGAGGUGUGGAUGGGUUCACACUUGAUAACAAUAUUGGUGAGUUCAUUCUUGUUUACCCAGACUUAAAAUUGCCUCUGCAUAAUCCAAUUUAUUCCAUUAACGAAGGUAAUUCUUAUUACUGGAAUGAUGAAACCAAGGCAUUUAUUGAAAAAUUAAAGGAACCUCAGGAGAACGGCAAACCAUUCUCUGCACGUUACAUUGGAUCAAUGGUUGCUGAUAUGCACAGGACUUUUAUGUAUGGUGGAUUGUUUGCCUACCCAGGUGAUCGUAAGGCUAGUUCAGGUAAGUUAAGACUGCUAUACGAGGCCUUCCCCAUGUCUUAUUUAGUGGAACAAGCGGGUGGUAUUGCCGUCAACGACAGAGGACAACGUAUUUUGGACCUAAAACCAAAUCAUAUCCAUGAUAAAUCUUCCAUUUGGCUAGGUUCAAAAGAUGACGUGAGUCAAUACGUGAAGCACAUCGGUAAGUCUGUUAAGUCCUAA